ACAACAGGUGAGAAUGCCCUGAAACCCAGAAGAAGAAGUACUAAGGCAUUCUGUACCAUGGUCAGUAUAUUAACUAUCUAGCUACAGUUAGCGAAUAAAGGGAUUUCACUUUACCAAAGCACCUUUUCAUUGAGGCAAAAUGCCUCGUUAUGCACAGCUAGUGAUUGGCCCGGCGGGUAGCGGUAAGAGUACCUACUGCUCCACCAUGGUCCAGCAUUUACAGACCCUUAACCGCUCAGCUCAGGUGGUCAACCUGGACCCAGCAGCUGAACACUUUGACUACCCUGUCAUGGCAGACAUCCGGGAGCUCAUCCAGGUGGAUGACGUGAUGGAGGACGCUUCUCUCAGAUUUGGCCCUAACGGAGGUCUGGUCUUCUGCAUGGAAUACUUCGCCAACAACUUUGACUGGCUGGGGGAAAGCCUGGGGCAUGUAGAGGAUGACUACAUACUGUUCGACUGCCCAGGUCAGAUUGAACUUUAUACACACCUCCCUGUAAUGAAGCAGCUGGUGGAGCAGCUCCAGCAGUGGGAGUUCCGGGUGUGUGGGGUCUUUCUGGUAGACUCCCAGUUCAUGGUGGAGUCUUUUAAGUUCAUCUCAGGAGUCAUGGUUGCCCUGAGUGCCAUGGUGUCAUUAGAGAUCCCUCAAAUAAACAUCAUGACAAAAAUGGACCUGCUUAGUCCCAAAGCCAAGAAAGAGAUUGAGAAGUACCUGGACCCAGACAUGUACUCAAUGAUGGAAGAUAACUCCGAUAACAUCAGAAGCAAAAAGUUCAAGAAUCUGACUAAAGCCAUCUGUGGUCUGAUUGAUGACUACAGUAUGGUAAGAUUCCUGCCCUUUGACCGCACAGAUGAGGAAGGUAUUAACAUAGUACUGCAAAACAUUGACUUCUCUAUACAGUAUGGAGAGGACCUGGAGUUCAAGGAGCCGAAGGAGGUUGAUGAAGAGCCUGCUAACCUCAAUUAUGAUGCGUUUUUUCAAGACAAAGUUGACAGCUGAGGACCGGGAGUAGUGUGACUCCAGGACUUCUGCAACAA